AUGGCUACUCACGUUCUCACCGCCACCGCGACUCCGGCCAACCAGAUCUCGGUCUACGGCCACCCGUCCCCGAUCAACACCGCCAAUAACUCUCCGACCUCCCCGCGUCAGCAGUAUCUCCCCCUGCAGACUCGCCAGUUGCGUCCACCCAAGGGACCUCUCUACGUCCCUGCUGCCUUGCGCCCAACGGAGCGUCCUCAGAAGGCUUCUCCCCCGUCUCCCCCUCGCAGUGUCCAUGGUUCCCUCGAUAGCUUGAAUGACGGCAGCGAGGAACCCCAGCCCGCCCUGACUCGUCGUUCCACCAUUGAGAGUGCGGUGAGCGAUGGCAUCAGCAAGUUGGCCCAGGAUGAAUGGAUGAAGCAUGAGCAUCUAGGUGAAGUCACUGGUCUUCCUACGAGAGAUCACUGGAAGGCGGACUCAGCCUCUCCCAAUUGUGACUCGCCCACAUGCCGCUCCUCUUUCGGUCUCUUCCUUCGUCGCCAUCACUGCCGUCACUGCGGUCAUGUCUUCUGUUCUUCUCACACUCCCCACGUCGUUCCUCUCGACCAGGAUGCUCGCUUCCACCCUGAAGGUGUCCCCUCUCGUGCAUGCGACCUGUGCUGGCAUGCCUUCCAGCGCUGGGAGGAGUCACGCAGCGAGCGUCUGAACAAGAUCCAGACCUUGAUCGACGCACAGAACACCAAGACCGAAGAAGCGGCCGAGGAGACCACGGAGCAUGUGGACAACAUCGAGGAGGAAUCCAGAAAGGCACUCACUGCGAUGCUGGAUCCUGACGAGCCCCUCCCCGACCGGCGGCUCCUUCAAAUCCCGCAUCUACACGCCCGCAACCUCAAAGCCAACCCGGCGCAAAUCUACGCCCUCACCAUCGAAGCCUCGAAAUGGGACACCGUCCUCAAGGAAGUAAUCGACCAUGCUGGCAUCCUGAAACUCGAGCCCAAGCUCACACCACUCCUGGCUCUCCUGCUGGUCCACGACCACCUGCUCGCGAAGAAUGGCAUCGCGGCGCCAAGCUCGCAUCCCAUCCGCCAGGCCAUCGAGCGCCAUAAGACGCGGCUAAAGGGCGAGUUCAUCAAGGCGCGGGUGCGCCGCGGAUGCGCAUCGAUCGCGCAGCUCAAGGACGCCGUGCAGAAGGAGAAACAGCCGCAGGGGUCGUCGGCGUUCUACCCGCGGUGGAUCCGGAUCAACAACGUGCGCACCACGGCAGAGAAACAGUUCGAGAGUACCUUCGCAUCGUAUACCCGGGUCAAUGCGCUGUCGGAGCUGGCGGUCAAGGACGACACGAAGAGGCUCUACGUCGACCCCCAUAUCCCGGACCUGGUGGCGGUGGCCCCUGGCGUUGACUUCACGGCCACCCCGGCGUACAAGAAUGGGGAGAUCAUCCUGCAGGAUAAGGCGUCUUGUUUCCCCGCGUAUCUGUUGUUCGGGGCGGGGAGUGUGUGGAGUGGCGGGGAUUUGGUAGAUGGGUGUGCUGCGCCGGGGAAUAAGACGACGCAUUUGGCGUCGCUGCUGUGCAAGAAUGACAAGAGGAAGCGGCCGCGACAGCGGAUUAUUUCCAUGGAUGCGUCGCAGGUGCGCGCGAAGACGCUCCAGAAGAUGGUCUCGGCGGCGGGCGCGGACCACUUUACGACGGUGCUUCCCGGACAGGACUUUUUGGCGCUGGAUCCUGAGGACGAGCGGUUCGAGAAGGUUUCUGCGUUGUUGCUGGACCCUAGUUGUUCGGGGAGUGGGAUCAUUGGGCGGGAUGAUGUUCCGAAGUUUGUGCUUCCGGUUUCGCCGGCGGAGGAGAGGAAGAAGCAGGGGAAGAAGCGGAAACGGGGCCAGGAUGAGACCGAGGGUGCUGCGGACGGGUCGGUGUCGAUGUCAGCUACGGAUGAGAACGAGAUGGCCAGUACGCAUAUGGACCAGGAGCGGUUGACGAAGUUGUCGAAUCUGCAGACGCGCAUUGUGGAGCAUGCCAUGUCGUUUCCGGCUGCGACACGCAUUACGUACAGUACUUGUUCUAUCCAUCUGACUGAGAAUGAGUCCGUUGUUGAGCGGCUUUUGGCCUCUGACGUGGCCAAGCGUUGUGGGUGGAGGAUGAUGCGCAGGGACGAGCAGCCGGAGGGACUGAGGACGUGGAAGCACAGAGGUGUGCGGACCGAAAGCCGGAGUGCCGCCGACAGCCAGACGCAGGACGGUACACAGAGCGCCGAGCUCAAGGUUGACCUCUCCGAUGAAGAGUUGGAGGGCUGCCUGAGAUGUUGGCCUGGCGAUGACGAGGGACUCGGUGGAUUCUUUGUUGCUGGAUUCAUCCGGGACGAGAGUCUAGCUGGUCAACAGGAGAAUCCUCAGGGUGAACCUGAGGACAAAGAUGAGGAUGAAGAUGGCGAAGAGGAAGACGACGACGAAGACGAAUGGGCAGGCUUCUCCGACUAG